UGGCGUCAGGGGGUGUGUGGGAAGAAGCAGCAACUACCUGCAGUGGGAGGGCGAGGCCUCGGCUAGGGGUAGGCACACAGAAGAGGUAUGUGCCCAACUCCCCCAACUAUUGUGCCAUAGGCACAUGCUUCUUUUGCCUUCCCCUAGUUCCGACCCUGCAGUCUUGUAUCUAACAAGCAGAUGAAUAUAUCUUGACAUUUUGCAGCAUUCACAAGAUCAUUUUUCUUCUGCAUUAUUGCUAACUAUAUAAAUAAUAAUAAAACUUAUAAGGAGGCAUUAGCCUAGAAUCUCUUGAUGGCUGAUGUCAAUUUAAUCUGCUGUCUGCUGCUCCAUCAUGCUUUAUGCGCCUAUGAUGGCUUCCUUAAUUAUAUUAAACCCCUUAAUAUUCUUUCAGGUCCAUGGGAAAUAAAUGCUCUGUGAUUAUUCCCCCUCCUAAAAAUUCUUUAAUGAGCUCUCAUCUCUGACUCUUGUUCUUGGAGCAGAAGGAACCGGCAGAAUUAGAAGAGAAUGUGCAUCAGAGCAAAGAAGAAAUCAAACGCUUAAAAAUGGAGCUGUCUGAGAGAGAAGUAGAUUUGGCGCGCCUGUCGAGAGUGCUGAGAGAGAACCAGGACACCAUUACUGAUCUGCGAGACAUUCUGAGUGAAAAGGAAUUUUUGAUUCAGCAAAUGAAAAUAAGUUUAGAAUCUGCUGUCCGAUCAGCGGCCUCCCAAGAUGCCCUGCGCCUGGCUGCUCUGCGAGAGAAAGAUACACUGAUUAGUGCCGUGCAGGGAGCACUUUGCAGCAGUAACCAGGAUGUGGAGGCUCUUGCAGAUUCUCUUCUCUCUCAGGGGCUGGAUGAUUUAGGUGGGGUGCUCCCUGGUGUUUCACCUACUGAAGCGCUACUAACUCAGCUAAAGGAGAAAGGUUCUCUUGUGUCCCAGUCACUCACAGACAGUCAGAAGCAGAGUAUUCAGCACCAGAAAAACAUUCAGGAUUUGUUGAAUGCUCUCAAUGAAAGCCAGACCCUGUUGCAGGAUCAGCUGCAGCACUGUAAACAGCGCCUUCAAGCUGGAGCAGAGGAGAAAAACAAAGUACGUGAGGCUCUGCGGCUGUGUGAGGCAGAACUAAGGGCAGAGAGACAGAGAUAUAUGUGUGACAUACAACUGGCACAUGGUGAAAUGGCUAAACUUCAGGGCACUGCAAGAGAAAGGGAUAGGACUACACAGAAAUUGCUGCAGGAAGCACAGAGCAGAGACCACACAAUCAAGAGGCUGCAAGAAACACUAAGCCAAGGAGGUGUCAUGAGAGACAUGCUGUGAGAGUGAGGUUCACCACUUCCUCUGGUCACUGCUGUCCGUUCCAUCAUGGGAUACUUUGGUGCCAAUGUACUUUGUUUACAAUGAAGAUAAAUAUUUAGGAUCAUAUCUGUCAGUUCCAGAGUGGGAUUCUUUGGUGCCAAUGAACUCUGUUUACAGUUAAAUACAUGUGGAAGUGCGGGUUCCUUUCUAAUACAUUUGCUGAUAUAUAGAUCUACUUCUGCAUAGAAAGAUUGUUUCAAAGCCUUACAGGGCUAUAGUUCUCAGGAUGUUACAUUUAAAAGAUUCUAGUCAGGUGGUGAUUUGAUUCUCAUCUCCCGGGUUUGAAAUUUAGGAAGUGUGGCAACCAGUUCCUCAUUUAAACUGCCACAUUCAACUAUUAUAAUGUCAAGCAAGAAAAUAGCCAUACUGAUUGGUUGCUGUCUCUGGAAACUGGCAGUCGGGAUCAUUUUCUAAGAGCGCACAGACAGAUGCAUAAUAAAAAGCCCAAACAUUUAUGUCAAGGCCUUGAGAACCGAGCACAUAAUUAUAGGCUAUCAUAAAGCAUUGCAACUCAGGGGCAGUAAUAUGGCUAACUCCAAUAACAUUUAGCAUGAUACUGAUAAUUUAUUAUCUCCUGUACAAAUGCAUUGGGGUUAUGUUUGAGUUUGUUAAGGAAGUAGUUUGCUUUUGUAGGGUCUAUGCAACAAUGAGAACUGUGCAUUAUGUUAUUAUUGAAACUCACCUUCAUUAUUGUUAUUUCUAAACUGGGAUCCUGGAGUUUCUAUGGAAAUCAUGUUUGUGCCUUAAAAUUGACUGUAUUGGUCUAUUGUUUUUGCAUUACUAUGUUUACUGCAUGGGUAUAUGGUUUCUUUGGCAGCCAAAAAGACAGGCUACUUUGCAGUUACAAUGCUGGUGAUGGCAGCCUUGAUCAAUAAAGAACUCCUUUCCUAUGUUGUACGUAACAGGGAAGGCAGUGGUAAAGCUCUGUUUUGGGAGAUAUGGGCAAAUACUAUAUGUGCUGAAUUUGUCAGACAUGAAUGCAAUGAUAUAUGCACAAAGCACAGGAUUGUGCUCCAAAUUAUCAAACAAAAACCUACUUAUGUCUAUAUAAAAGAUGGAGGCUGUACUGGACACUGACUCUGCCAGUGCCAUAUUAAUUUAAAGCAAUGUUGUUUGUACAAUAUCUAGAAAAAUGGCUCUCAGACUUAUCAAAAUGAAGUACCUUUAUAUACUGCCACCUCAGUGUGUUACCUGUAAAGUCCUGAGACAUCGUAUUGAAUAAGUGUGUGUUUGGGGGGAUUGCCUUUUA